AUGCCAACGAUCGAAAUCACCCCGUUCUCCGGCCGCCGAGAUGGUACCAACAUGCUCACGGCCGACUGGGUCCGUGCCGUACGGCAAGCUGUUACAGACCGCCAGUAUGCGACGACGGAGGAGCAGAUACGUGCAGUAAACUACCAUUUGAAACCUGACAGCCCGGCAGAGGACUACAUGUUGGGCCUGACGGCAACAUCACCGGCGCGCGCGUCCCUUGAUGCGUACCUGGACGAACUCAAGGCCACCUUCCCGGGACUCAAGCCGAUUCGGCGCACCGCCGCUUCCUACGAGGCCGAGCUCCUGAAGACGAGGAUCACGGUGGCGGAGCUUGCCGCGGAGACGGUGAGGAGAGGAGAGGUCGAGGUAUACGUCCAGGAGGACUUUGCGAAUCAGGUGGAGGACUUGGCCAUUCAGGCGCGGGUCAAAGACACGUUGGCUGGGUAUCCGCUGUGGAAGGAGAACCAGCCGAGCAUCAUUGUAAAGGCCCUCAAGCCGGAUCCCGCUAGCUGGGCAGACGUGGCCGCACGAAUCCGGGCGAUCGCUAACUCGGACAUCCACGAACUUGCCGAAGGACACCGUGCUACCGCGAACACCUUGCGCGAACAACAACUGCUCAAGGCCAACAUCAACGACCUGACGCGCAGCUUCAGCGCCCUCCGGUUGCCUCCUGCAUCCCCCGCGGCCGCCGCUAUAGCCCCCAAACAAGCGCAAGCUCCUCCAGCGACCAGUCGGCUACAGAACGCGACCCAACAAGAUCGACCCCGCCAAGCCCAGUUCGAAAGGGACUAUACCCCAACAGCAGACGAAGUCAUGCAGAUCAGGGCUGCCCGCGAGAAGUGUAUAUCGCUAGCGCAGCCGGACACCCCGCAAGGGCGCACUACGUACAAUCAGCAGCGGGCUGCAUGGGCGACUCAGCAUGAUGCUGCACGCUUAGCCGGCACACAACGCCUAUGGGAAACCGGGUACCCGCUCGCGCCGGGCACGCAGGCGCCGUGCAGCCGCGAAUGCUGGAAGUGCGGAUACCCGCGCCAUGGGAGUGGGGAGUGUACGGCGCCGUUUGUUCCAGGGGACGAGCGCCGCUUCAGGUACCUCUGCCACACGUGGCUUGGUCAGACGCGUGCAGCCCCAGCCACGGUACCAGUGAACGUGGUCGAUUGGACGUCAAUUGGAGCGCCUACCGAGGAAGAUCUCCAGGAUUUUCGGGCGGGGCUGACGCAGUAG